AUGCCACCCAAGACUAAAUCUAGUGCGAGUAGAAAGUUGAGAGCUAUCUCUAAACCAGGUCCCAUCAAACAACAUGUCAAAGGUGAAAAUUUCUAUCGUGAUGCUUCAAAGGCUAAACGAGUCAAGAUGUUAUCCAUCGAUGGAGGAAAAGCCAUUAGAGAUCGAGAUGGAACGAUUCUAAAAGCAGCAGCUUUCCAAUCAUCUGAUGCACCAGCUGGUCGAAUCCAACCUGAUCGACGUUGGUUUGGUAAUACAAGAGUGAUUUCACAAAAAGCUUUAGAUCAUUUUCGAACUUCGCUUGCCGAAAAACAAGCCGAUCCUUAUUCAGUGAUCUUAAAACAAAACAAAUUACCUAUGAGUCUUUUACAAUCAGAUGCAGAUAAAGCGGCUGAAGGUGGUAAAGGAAUGAAAGUCGAUCUUGUGACGGCUGAACCGUUUGAUCAAACCUUUGGACCUAAACAAAGACGAAAACGACCUAGACUUAGUGGAGCGGGUACAUUUGAAGAACUUUUAAAAGAAGCAGAAGAUUUAAAUGCGAAUAAGAAAUCCAAAUCACUUGCAGGUGAAAAACUACCACCGGUGGAUGGAUUAGGUGAAUUUAUUGUGGGUGCAGAGAAACAACUUGAAGAGAUAGAUGAUGGGAAUGAUGAACUUCAUAAUGUAGCUGUAGAUUAUAUUUUAAGUGCUGGGACUUCUAAACGAAUUUGGUCAGAACUUUAUAAGGUGAUUGAUUCGUCCGAUGUGAUUCUACAUGUUCUUGAUGCACGGGAUCCGCUUGGAACGAGAUGUUUGAGUGUGGAGAAUUAUUUGGCUAAGGAGAAGCGUGGUAAGAAGAUGGUUUAUAUCCUUAACAAAGUCGAUUUGGUCCCUGGAUGGGUUGCUGCUCGAUGGGUCAAAUAUUUGUCGAAAUCUCACCCUGUUGUUGCUUUUCAUGCUUCGAUCAAUAACUCGUUUGGAAAAGGUUCCCUGAUUCAAUUACUACGACAAUUUUCAUCCCUCUUCUCUGAUCGUAAACAAAUCUCAGUUGGAUUUAUCGGGUAUCCUAACGUCGGUAAAUCAUCGAUCAUCAAUACAUUGAAAAAGAAGAAAGUUUGUAAUGUGGCACCGAUCCCGGGAGAAACAAAGAUUUGGCAAUAUAUCACCUUGAUGCGUAGGAUUUAUCUAAUCGAUUGUCCUGGGAUCGUUCCUCCUUCAUCUAAAGAUUCAGAAGCUUCAAAAGUAUUGAAAGGUGUGGUUAGAAUCGAACAUCUAUCAUCACCUUCGGAUCAUAUUCCAGCUCUUCUUGAAAGAAUUCGACCUGAAUAUAUGAAACGAACUUAUGGUGUUGAAGAUUGGAUUGAUUCAGAAGAUUUCUUAACUAAACUAGCUAGAAAGUCAGGAAAGCUUUUGAAAGGAGGUGAACCUGAUUUACGUACAGUAGCUACUUCUGUACUGAAUGAUUGGAUUAGAGGAAAGAUUCCAUUUUAUGUUCCACCACCUACUCAAAUCCCUGGUAUGAAACCUUGGACUAAAUCAAUAGAUCAAGAGGAUAUGAAGAAUGAAGAGACUGAAAAGGUUCUUGAGUCAAAGAAGAAAACACGUAUAGAUGAAACUGGAGAGAAAGUUGGAUAUGUGAAAGGUGUUGCUCAACCAUUACAUCAAAUCGUUCGAUCUAAUAAAUUCCUUGAUGUUGAUGAAGUGGGCGAGUUUGAACAUGCGGACGUCGAUAUGGAUCAAGAUGGAGAACGGGUUGAGAAUGAUUUAGAUAAUUCUGAUCUUGAAAUGGAAGAUGAGGAUGAAGAAGAUGAAGAGGUUGAUGCUUGGUCUGGAAUUGGAAGUGAGGAUGAAGAAGAUAGUGACUCGGAGCUUUGUUUUGAAGAUCUGGUUGCUAAUGCUGCAGGAGCUUCAAAUUCAAAAGUGAAAUCUUCUAAGAAGUCCUCUGUUCUUCCUGCUGAGGCGACAGUCGAGAUCGAGAUGACUGGUGAAGGUGAAGAUGUCGAUGCUGGCUCGCAAAGUGAUUUGGAUGAUGAGGAUGAGGACGAAGACCUAGAUCUUAAUCUUGAUUCAGACACUCCGACUCAAAAGACUUCAAGCAAUACUAAAGGCAAACGAAAAGCGAACAAUGCAGAUUACGAUUCAGAAGAAGAAACUACAAAACAUACCAAAGAUCCUCGUAUGAAGACAAAUAAAAAGAAAGCCGAGAAUUUCUUUACACAUGCAAAUGUUAAAAAUAAAAAUCGAUCUAGACAAAUUCCUAAAGGAAAUGAAAAUGGAGGAUCGUCAAAGAAAACUAGUAGAGGUAAAGGUGGAAAGAAAGGUAAAAGGUAA